AUGUUGCCGAUAUUCCGCGUGCUGGCUCUGCUCUCUUUGCUUCCUGCACGGGCUGCUGGCAAAGGCUGCGAAGGAGAGUACAGUGUUGAUCACUGUAGUGACCCUGCUCCGUUCUGCAAACGAACCAGCUACAUCGAAGGUUGCUCGUGCUCCGGCGGCUACAGUGCGAAGGUGCUGCGACCAUUGACAAGUGUGGUGGGCGGUUCCACGCCUUGGGUGGAAUUCGACUGCUGCCCGAAUGACGGUGGAUGGGAAUCUGACUGCGGCCAAGAACAGGAAGCGAUCAUGGCAGCUGUCUGGGUUCUGUUUUCCUCUUCUCUUGUGGGUAUUCUGCUCAGCACCCUUAUCAUUACGUGCUCAGGCCCUCGGGUACAGAAAAAAACACUGAACGAUGCGCAGCUUGAAACCUCACCGGAGGUUCUCGACGGUCGCCAGCUGCAUGACAAUGUUAGCAUGAGCAAGUGGUGUGUAAGGUUGGACGACCUGAAGCAAUUCAAGCGACUCGUGAUGCAUGCUGUCAAGGAUGGCCGCAUUAAGCCUACCCAGAGGGACAGCUUCGAUCCAUCCGAUUUGAGAAUUGGGCCGUCAAUGUAUACAGUGAACGAGCAGUACAUCAAGCCUGUCACGGCGGCAGCAGGGAACGUAAGUUGGGCUUUGAUGAAGAAUCCAGAUGGCCUUCGGUGCGAUUUGUUCAUCACGCAUGGCUGGGCUGAAGGGAUUUAUGAGUUCGUGGACAAAGCUGUUCACUGCUGGCCGCUGGGUGCAACAGGCGCGUAUAUUUGCUUCCUAUCCAAUCCACAGAACUUUGACAUUUCACACUUGAUUGCACGGCCAGAGUCGUCGCCUUUCGCGCAAGCUCUGAAGUGCGCGUCGUGCAUGCUGGUUGUGUCGAACAGAAAAGCUAGCAUUUACUCUCGGCUAUGGUGUGUAUAUGAGGCAUUUGUAGCCUACAAGUUGGACAAACCCAUCGUUACGGCAAGGUCCUUGCAUCCAAUGGCGAUGACUCAGACGUGCCGUAUCCUCUGCCUCUACACGGCCUCUGCAUCCAUCGGCCUCCUGCUCCCGCUCCCGGCGUUCCCCCUGGUGGACGCUCCGAGUCAGGUGGCGCUCGCGGUGUUCCUCCUCCUCUCCUUGGGCCUGCUGGGAUCACGUGGCCGCCGGCUUUCAGCAAUUCACGAAGCUAUAGUCGCUUGUACCGCGAUGAUUGCUGGUCUGAGGUUUGCUGUGGGGAUCUCUUUCGGGACCUUCGGGGUCUAUGCCGUGCAAGACUUCUUGCUCAACUUGAGCCUCGUCACAGCGCUUGAAGUGGAUCGGCAUAACUCUCUACAGGCAUCCAAACAGAGCGAGGAGCUCCGGCGUGGCUUCACAACUUGUCAGAGCGCUCAAUGUUCUUCUAGUAGCGAUGCGGAUGCAAUUUGGGGAGAGAUCCAUAGCAGCGGACUUGCUGGCGAGCUCGAGUCUGCAGUGGGAGCCUUACGUUCCAUGAACGUCUCCACCCGCGAGCUGCGCAGAACCGUGGAGCGCACCGGCCCUUUGGGUGAUGCUUCCCACUGGAAUCGAGCCAUAGUUGUCUCGAGCUUCACUGCCUUCUGGGGAUUUUCGCCACUUCUGCUCUUCGCCUACGGCCAUGAACUGCCAGAGGUGGAUGACUCCAACUACUGGCUGGUGGUGCUGUUGAUUGUGCUGUCGGUCUUGGAAGCUUUGGCAGGCAUUGUCUUGCUUGUGGCAGUUGGUCCAGCCCGGAGAGCCUUUGCAGCUCGGAUCCAACUUUUCUGGAUACUUCUUCUGCCCGUCUAUAUGGCCGGACUGACAACCAACCUUGUCUACUACCUCGUGCAGAUCUUCGUGAUCGGUCCCGUAGUCCUUACGCUCUCAGCCCUGGGGCCUGCACGGCUUUCAAGGGCUCCUUUCAUAGGCCCUUGUUUUGUACGUUUGGUCUUCUGGUCGUCGGUGAGAAGCUGGGUACAUCGAGUGGACCGCCAACGAAGGAUCAGCUCCGGCCCAGAGGAAACUCUGCCCGUGUCCAUCCCGGUGGGCCGCAGUGAAGAGUCUCAGACUAGCGAUUACCUGCAAGUUUAA